ACUUCUGGGGAAAGAGCAGCAAGUCCUGGCUGUUCCUGAUCCUGCUCUUCAUUGCAAGUUUUGGCUUCUACAGCAAUGUUUUCAACUGGAUUCCCAGAUGGAGGCAGAGAGAAGUGUCUCAAAGCUGUGAGGCCCACCACCUGCAGGGCCAGCGGGAGAGCCCGCCACUGAGCGAAGGGGACUGCUACCCAGACACCUGCAGAGUGCCCAGAGUGCCCAGGAUGCUCUACCCCAAGGCCCAUGUCCUCCAGCCCACGAGGGUGGACGUGCUCCUCAUGACUCCCUGGUUUGCUCCCAUCAUCUGGGACGGGACCUAUGACUCUGCCAUCCUGGACGCACAAUUCAAAAACACCACCAUCGGGGUGGUGGUGUUUGCUAUCAAAAAAUAUGUGGUCUUCCUGAAGCUGUUCCUGGAGACGGCAGAGAAGUACUUCAUGGUGGGUCACAGGGUCAUCUACUACAUCUUAACCGACCGGCCGGCGGACGUGCCCCAGAUCCCCCUCCAGGAAGGAAGGCGAGUGGUGAUCCUCAAGGUCCGAAACUACACGCGCUGGCAGGACGUGAGCUUGCACCGCAUGGAGAUGAUCAGCAACUUCUCCCAGCAGCGCUUCCUCCAUGAGGUCGAUUACCUUGUGUCCGCGGACGUCGACAUGAAGUUCAGCGACCACGUGGGUGUGGAGAUCCUGUCGUCUCUCUUUGGCACCCUCCAUCCCGGUUUCUAUGCCAGCGAUCGCCAGCGUUUCACCUAUGAACGCCGCCCAUUGUCUCAGGCCUACAUUCCGGAAGAUGAGGGUGAUUUUUACUAUGCAGGAGGCUUUUUUGGGGGGUCAGUGGCAGAGGUUUACCGGCUCACCAUGGCCUGUCACCAGGCAAUGGUGGUCGACAAGGCCAAUGGCAUCGAGGCCGUGUGGCACGACGAGAGCCACCUGAACAAGUACCUGCUCUACCACAAGCCCACCAAGGUGCUGUCCCCAGAGUACGUGUGGGAUGAGCGGAUGCUGCGGAAACCGCCUUACCUUAGGAGACUGCGAUACGUGGCUGUCCCCAAGAAUCAUGCACAAAUUCGGAGCAGAUGAGACCAGACUUUCCAGGAGA